UCUGCUCUAAGAUAUUUCGCCACGAUGGCUCUUCGUAGCAGUUUCGCUCGGCUCCUCCAGCAAGCGGGCUCCUCUCUGCGGGUCUCUCGGAAGCGCUCCCAUUCGGUGGCUAUCAUUGGGGCCCCCUUCUCCCUGGGCCAGAAAAGAAAAGGAGUGGAUCACGGUCCUGCCGCGGUCCGGAAUGCGGGGCUGGUCGGAAAGCUUUCCCUCAUGGGUUGUCAAGUAUAUGAUUUUGGAGACUUACGUUUCACCCCAGUGCCCAAUGAUGAACUGUACAAUAACCUGGUUAAGUACCCACGCUCUGUAGGAUUAGCUAACCAACUUCUGGCUGAUGCUGUGAAUGGAGCUGUGACAGCUGGGCAUAGUUGCAUAACCAUUGGAGGUGAUCAUAGUUUAGCACUUGGUUCUAUCAGUGGACAUGCAAGGCAGUACCCACAUCUCUGUGUGAUCUGGGUUGAUGCCCAUGCUGAUAUUAAUACUCCACUCACAAGCCAAUCAAGAAAUCUCCAUGGGCAGCCGGUUUCAUUUCUUUUAAGAGAACUUCAGGAUAAAGUGCCAGUGCUUCCUGGAUUUUCCUGGCUGAAGCCCUGUCUUUCACAAUCAGAUAUUAUAUAUAUUGGUCUGAGAGACGUUGAUCCUGCUGAACAUUAUAUUCUGAAGAAUUAUGGCAUUCAGUAUUUUUCAAUGAGACAUAUUGAUGAUCUUGGAAUCCAGAAAGUGAUGGAAAAAACGUUUGACCAUCUUUUGGGAAGAGGGCCAAGACCAAUCCAUCUGAGCUUCGACAUUGAUGCCUUUGAUCCAUCACUGGCUGCAGCAACAGGGACACCUGUCUUGGGUGGAUUAACAUAUCGUGAAGGCAUGUACAUUUCUGAGGAAAUACACAACACAGGCCUGCUUUCAGCUAUGGACCUUGUAGAAGUAAAUCCAUUCCUUGGAACUUCACAGGAAGAAGUGAAUGCAACAGCCAGUUUGGCAGUAGAUGUGAUUGCUACAAGCUUUGGGCAGACGAGAGAAGGAGCACACGUUGUUUUUGAGAACCUGCCAACACCUAGUUCUCCAGAUGAAUCAGAAAAUGAAGAGCAAGUCCGGCUUUAGGUCUCCCAAGUGGCAGCAGAUGCCACACAAAGGGCAUUAUGUAUAGUACUGCUGGUCUACUAAACAAGUGGACGGAACAGAAAUCAAGUGUACUACAUUCUGAAGUCUUCACUCAGCUUUGGAGUUUUUUUUUCUUAGUUGGGAAGUCAAACUGUGCCACAAAUUAAUAUCUUCAGUAUAUAUGACUAUCGUGUUAUAUUGCAGAUGUAGUUCAUCUCCUCCCAGUAGCACUGCACCCUUCUCAGAAGGACAUGUCAAGACUGACAACAAGCCAGCACUGUAUUUUAAAUGCAGUAAAUACCACCCAUCUUUUCAAUCUAUGUCACAGUUAUUGCCCAGGAAUGUCCAUAUAGUGGAUUGAAGACAGCAAAGCAGAAAAACUGCAUUUCUUCGAGGCUUAGGUGAAGAACUUAUAGUAGACAAGACCUCCCAGGAUAAUUACCUCCAGGAUGAUGAUGACAGAGAGUAACAAUUUAUUUGUCAUAAGCCUAGAAAGAAAGAGACAUGGACUUUGUUGUUGUUUUUUAAACUGCAAGUCGUUACCAUUUAUGGAAUUACGGUGAUUAUAGAAACCAUCCAAUUUCAUUUUUAGUAAAGCAAACCCUUUGCAUGCUUACUCAAAAGCAAGUCUCUUUAUGUAUUGCUGAUUUAAGGGAAAUCCUAGGUAAAUAGGCAUAGGGAUUCAGCCACCAUGGAAAAACUUAAUGCUGUAGAAGGAGAGUACCAACUAUUUAAUUUCAUUUAAAACAUUAUGGUUCUUGAGAUACCUUAUAAAACAUUAAAAUACUCUUGCUAGACAUUAUAGAGCCUCACUGUAGGGGUAUGAAAAAACAUAAAAGAAUAGAGGUAAAACAAAUAUACUUCACUCCUAAAUGAAGAGAUAUAGUUGUAAUAAUUCCAAUUUUUGGUAAAUGGGAGAGCACAAAGAGCUGAAAAUCUGAUGAUAAUUAAUGGCUUGAAUAUUGUUUUUAGUAGUUCCUUUUAUAUAGCAAGUUCUUUCAAUAAAUAAUAAACCUUAUUGAAUGGAA